AUGGCUAUAAAUGUUCCUGGUUUAGUGUCUAUUAUCGUCUUCUACGUUGCUAUUCUAGCGAUCGGUAUUUAUGCAGCAUGGAGGAAAAGAAGAACCGGAAGAGGAAACGAGAGCGAGACAAUCAUGGUCGGAGGAAGAGACAUAGGACUCUUUGUUGGAAGCUUUACUAUGACUGCUACGUGGGUAGGUGGUGGUUACAUCAACGGCACAGCAGAAGUUGUAUACACCCCGGGUUCCGGUCUACUGUGGACACAAGCGCCAUUUGGUUACGGCUGCAGCCUUAUGCUUGGCGGGUUGUUUUUCGCUAAGAAAAUGCGAACUCAGGGUUACGUCACUAUGCUGGAUCCAUUGCAACGUAAGCUUGGCAGGCGCAUGGGGGGUCUGUUGUACUUACCAGCACUCUUGGGUGAAAUAUUCUGGUCAGCCGCCAUUCUUGCCGCUCUUGGCGGUACAUUGUCCGUGAUCAUAGACCUUGAUAUUCGUAUCUCUGUCAUUGUAUCUGCAUGUAUU